CUAGGCGAGCUGCUUCUGACCCACGUGCAGGAGUUGCUAUGAUGGAAGUCAAAAGGGAAAAAAAAUUCACAGGAAAGGGUACAAAGUCAUUGCAAGGAAAAAACAGAUUUCAUAAAACCAGAGAUUCUAGUUCUUCAAAGGCAUUCCCCCAAAAAGUUAAGGAUAGUGGACCUAAAAUCACAUCUAAGAACUUUGAGAAAAGUGCUACAAAACCUGGGAAAAAGGGUGUGAAACAAUUCAAGAAUAAACAACAAGGGGACAAAGGACCGAAGAACAAAUUUCAGCAGGCAAAUAAAUUCAACAAAAAGAGAAAAUUCCAGCCAGACAAUAAAAGUGAUGAAUCAGCAACUAAGAAACCUAAAUGGGAUGACUUCAAAAAGAAGAAGAAAGAACUGAAGCAGAGCAGGCAGCUCAGUGACAAAACCAACUAUGAUAUUGUUGUUCGAGCAAAGCAGAUUUGGGAGAUCUUAAGAAGAAAAGAUUGUGACAAAGAAAAAAGAGUAAAGUUGAUGAGUGACUUGCAGAAGUUGAUCCAAGGGAAAAUUAAAACUAUUGCUUUUGCACAUGAUUCAACUCGUGUGAUCCAGUGUUACAUUCAGCAUGGUAAUGAAGAACAGAGAAAACAGGCCUUUGAAGAAUUACGAGGUGACUUGGUUGAAUUAAGUAAAGCUAAAUAUUCCAGAAAUAUUGUUAAGAAAUUUCUCAUGUAUGGGAGUAAACCGCAGAUUGCCGAGAUAAUCAGAAGUUUUAAAGGCCAUGUGAGAAAGAUGCUGCGUCACGCAGAAGCAUCUGCUAUUGUGGAGUAUGCAUACAAUGACAAAGCCAUUUUGGAGCAGCGGAACAUGCUGACUGAGGAACUCUAUGGAAAUACAUUUCAGCUUUAUAAGUCAGCGGAUCACCCAACUCUGGACAAAGUAUUGGAGGUACAGCCAGAAAAAUUAGAGCUUAUUAUGGAUGAAAUGAAACAGAUUCUAACUCCAAUGGCCCAAAAAGAAGCUGUGAUUAAGCACUCACUGGUUCAUAAAGUAUUCUUGGAUUUUUUUACCUACGCACCCCCAAAACUCAGAUCAGAACUGAUUGAAGCCAUCCGCGAAGCAGUGGUAUACUUGGCACACACACAUGAUGGUGCCCGAGUCACCAUGCACUGUCUAUGGCACGGCACACCCAAGGACAGGAAAGUGAUUGUGAAAACAAUGAAGACUUAUGUUGAAAAGGUGGCUAAUGGCCAAUACUCUCAUUUGGUUUUACUGGCUGCAUUUGAUUGUAUUGAUGAUACUAAGCUUGUGAAGCAGAUAAUCAUCUCGGAAAUUAUCAGUUCCUUGCCAAACAUAGUAAAUGACAAAUAUGGAAGGAAGGUCCUUUUGUAUUUACUGAGUCCAAGAGAUCCUGCACAUACAGUACCAGAAAUCAUUGAAGUUCUGCAAAAAGGAGAUGGUAAUGCACACAGUAAAAAAGACACAGAGAUCCGCCGUCGUGAGCUCUUAGAAUCCAUUUCUCCAGCUUUGUUAAGCUACCUGCAAGGACACGCCCAAGAGGUGGUGCUAGAUAAGUCUGCAUGUGUGUUGGUGUCUGAUAUUCUGGGAUCUGCCAUUGGAGAUGUUCAGCCUGCCAUGAAUGCCAUUGCCAGCUUGGCGGCAGCAGAACUACAUCCUGGUGGCAAGGACGGAGAGCUUCAUGUUGCAGAACAUCCUGCAGGACAUCUAGUUCUGAAAUGGUUAAUAGAACAAGAUAAAAAGAUGAAAGAAAAUGGAAAAGAAGGAUGUUUUGCAAAAACACUGGUAGAACAUGUUGGUAUGAAGAACCUGAAGUCCUGGGCUAGUAUAAAUCGAGGUGCCAUUAUUCUUUCCAGUCUUCUGCAGAGUUCUGACCAAGAAGUUGCAAACAAAGUCAAAGCUGGGCUGAAAAGCCUGAUUCCCACGUUGGAAAAAAACAAAAGUAAAAGCAAAGGAAUAGAAACUCUACUUGAGAAACUGACCACGUAGGUGGAAAGAAUUAAAAAAACAAUGGAAUCAUUUUUUCCCAUUCUCUGUUCUCUUCCCAACACAGAAAAGAAUGGCAAGAGUCCACCUUUUUGUAAUUUGGGAGCUCUGUACAUUUGUUUCUUCUUUGUAUAAGAAUCUGUUUAUAUAAAAUUAUUUCUAAAAAUGGUCUUUAUU